UACUAUAAUAACUUUGAAUAUAUUCUGGUGACAUUAAUGUUCUAUCCUCCACGCGGUUCUUAAAAGCCGACUUUCUUUUCCUUUACAUCUCGCUCUAUAUAUUUUACAUACACACGCAUUUGUAAAGAUAUUCAAAGAUCAAAAACAUUCUUGAUCCAUACAAAGAAAACAUCUUCACACACACAUAAAGCUCUUGCCUUAGAUCAAAUACGUUACAACUAAUCGUUCAAAGAUGAGCCAGUACAAUCACAACCAAUCUUCAGGAGUUAACCCUCCACCACCUAUGUCAACCGGUCCAUCGCCACCACCACCGAUUGGUUACCCGACGGUCGACCCUAGUCAUGGUUCGGCAGCUCCUGUUAAAGUCGAGACCAGUUCUAAGGGUGACGGAUUCUUUAAAGGCUGUCUUGCGGCCAUGUGUUGCUGUUGCGCCCUGGACAUCUGCUUCUAAGGAGAUUAGCGAUAUUAUAACAUUGGAGUGGUUUUAUUUACGACGAGUUGUGUGAAUGUGAUGUGAAUUGUUCUCUCUCGCCUAUUGUUUUUGUAAAAAAUAAAUAUUCUAUUAUUGGUUAUUAAUUUCUUGUUAGAGAUGGGUUUUGUAUUCGAACAUAUUGUUAAAAUUUCUCUUGUCUUUAUAAAAUUUCUGGUACUUUUAUUUAA